CGCGUAAAUACUUUAUCUGCCCCGAGAUCUUGAGGAGAAAGGGCAAGAAAUUCCUUCAUUUAAUUCUCGUGCAUUACUAAUAAUCUCUCUCUCACCCUCUUCCGCUUCCUCUCCUUCCUUCUCGGUCCUCUAGGACUUGGAACUCACGCCUGGCCCUACGCCGACUAAUACACACCCUACCUAAUUUUCUGGGUGCUACCGCGCCGUAUACACACUCAACAUGGCCCAACCAGGCGACACAACAAGCAAUAGCACAGCGAGAACUUCCACUGAUACCGUCACCGAUCAGGAAGCACAGAGGGAAAACGCUCGGCAAAAUAACCCCAAUGGCUUUGUGAGCACAACCAGCGGCGUCGAUGUAGCUGCCUCAGAAGCCGAGUUUGCGGCCCUCAGAAGAGAACUCACAGGCAUCAGUCAGACAAACAAGAGAUUGUCCCGAGAGCAGUCCCGGCAAGCAAAAAACAAGGAUGCUGAGAAGGAUAUUGAAAGUGCCCGCUCGGAAAGCGAAGGAGAACAAUUCGACCUCGAAGCUACUCUCCAUGGUAAUCAUGCCGCUGAAGAAGAAGCUGGCAUCCGAUCCAAGAAUAUUGGGGUCGUCUGGGAUGGUCUCACCGUUUCUGGUAACGGAGGGUCAACCAACUUUGUCAGGGUUUUCCCAGAUGCCUUUGUCAGCUUCUUCAAUGUUUGGGAGACGGCGCAGCAAAUAUUUGGAUUCGGAAGUAAGGGAAGGGAGGUCAAGAUUUUGGAUGAUUUUAGCGGUGUUAUGAAGCCUGGAGAAAUGGUUUUGGUGUUGGGAAGACCUGGGAGCGGUUGCACCAGCUUCUUGAAAGUCAUCACCAACCAAAGAGCUGGUUACACUGGAGUCGACGGCGAGGUUUCCUACGGACCAUUCAGUGCGGAGGAAUUCAAGCAGCAAUAUCGCGGAGAAGCGGUUUACAACCAGGAGGAUGACAUUCACCACCCAACCCUCACUGUUGGGCAAACUUUGGGCUUCGCGCUUGAUACCAAGGUUCCUGGUAAGCGACCCAUGGGAAUGAGCGCAGCCGACUUCAAGGAGAAAGUCUUAACUACACUCCUGAAAAUGUUCAACAUUGAGCAUACUAGAAACACCAUUGUGGGCAACCAAUUCGUCCGCGGUGUGUCUGGAGGGGAGCGCAAGCGUGUCUCCAUUGCUGAAAUGAUGUGUACAUCAGCCACUGUGCUCUCCUGGGACAACGCCACUCGAGGCUUGGACGCCUCGACGGCUCUUGAUUAUGCGAAAUCGCUCAGAGUCAUGACAAAUGUCUACAAGACCACGACUUUUGUUUCAUUGUACCAGGCAAGUGAGAACAUCUACAAGCAAUUCGACAAGGUUAUGGUCAUCGACAGUGGACGGCAGGUUUACUUUGGGCCAGCGAAUGAGGCGAGAGCUUAUUUUGAAGGGUUGGGCUUCAAGGAGAAGCCAAGACAAACUACUCCAGAUUACUUAACUGGUUGUACCGAUGAGUUCGAGAGAGACUACGCUCCAGGACGAUCGCCAGACAAUGCGCCAAGUACCCCAGAAACAUUGGCUAAAGCCUGGAACGAGUCAAAGAUUGCUCAAGGUGUGCGCGACGAGAUGGCAGAAUAUCGCCAAUCCAUCGCCGCAGACGUGCAGAGACACGAGGACUUCAAGGUCGCUGUCAGUGAGGGUAAGCGCACAGGAGUCUCCAAGAAAUCCGUCUUCACGAUCCCAUACUACAUGCAAAUAUGGAUGCUCAUGAAGCGACAAUAUCUCAUAAAGUGGCAAGACAAGUUCGCGCUUGUCGUCGCUUGGAUUACAAGUAUCACCAUCGCGAUCGUCCUGGGAACCGUCUGGCUCAAACUCCCCCAAACCUCGGCUGGCAUGUUCACCAGAGGUGGAUUGCUCUUCAUUGCCUUGCUUUUCAACGCGUUUACAGCCUUCUCCGAACUAGCUAGUACCAUGUUGGGCCGUCCAAUUGUCAACAAACAUAAGGCCUUCACUUUCCACCGUCCAUCUGCACUGUGGAUUGCUCAACUUGGAGUCGACACGCUAUUCGCAUCCGCUCAAAUCUUCGUUUUCUCCGUCAUCGUGUACUUCAUGUGUGGACUUUAUCUGGCACCAGGAGCCUUCUUCAUAUUCUACAUCAACAUCAUUGCUGGGUAUCUUGCGAUGACAUUGUUUUUCAGAACUGUUGGAUGUCUCUGCCCCGAUUUUGAUUAUGCUCUCAAGUUUGCCGCUACAAUCAUCACUUUCUUCAUUCUCACCUCCGGAUACCUCAUCCAAUACCAAUACGAGAAGGUCUGGCUCCGCUGGGUCUACUGGAUCAAUGCACUCGGAUUAGCAUUCUCUGCCAUGAUGGAAAACGAAUUUGGGAGAAUUGACUUUACUUGCACGGCUGAAUCCUUGGUCCCAUCGGGACCCAAUUACACAGAUAUUGCCCACCAGGUGUGCACCCUCCCUGGUGCUGUAACCGGAACCAAUAUUGUUUCGGGAGUAGAUUAUAUAUCACAAUCCUUCUCAUUCAACAAGGGCGAUCUCUGGAGAAACUUCGGAAUCGUUAUUGCACUCGGAGUCGCAUUCCUCAUCUCCAACGCCACUCUCGGCGAGUGGCUGACAUUCAACGAGGGUGGAAACACUGCUAAAGUAUUUCAAAAGCCCAACGAGGAACGUGAUGAGCUCAACGCUGCUCUGCAUGCAAAGAAGGAAGCCAGAAGAUUGAACAAGGGUAAUGAAUCUGAAGAAUCUUCUAGCGACAUCAAGAUUGAGUCCAAGGCUGUUCUUACCUGGGAAGGAUUGAAUUACGAUGUUCCUACACCUUCGGGAGAACUGCGUUUACUCAACAACAUCUACGGCUAUGUUAAACCUGGUCAACUUACCGCCCUUAUGGGCGCCAGUGGUGCUGGUAAAACAACGCUCUUGGAUGUUCUCGCUGCCAGGAAGAGUAUCGGUGUCAUCUCCGGUGAUGUUCUUGUGGACGGAGUGAAACCUUCGAGCUCAUUCCAGCGCCAAACUAGUUAUGCUGAACAACAAGAUGUUCACGAGUCCACACAAACCGUCCGUGAAGCCCUACGAUUCUCCGCCGAUUUACGUCAACCAUUUGAAACACCUCAAGCCGAGAAAUACGCCUAUGUUGAGGAAAUCCUGAGUCUGUUGGAGAUGGAGGAUAUUGCCGACGCGAUUAUUGGAGACCCAGAAACCGGCCUGGCAGUUGAACAACGGAAACGGGUAACCAUCGGUGUCGAACUUGCUGCUAAACCGGAGUUGUUGCUGUUCUUGGACGAGCCUACGUCAGGUUUAGACUCUCAAUCCGCUUUUAAUAUCGUUCGUUUCUUGAAGAAAUUGGCAAACGCUGGACAGGCAAUUCUAUGCACCAUCCACCAACCUAACGCUGCUUUGUUUGAGAACUUUGACCGGCUCCUCUUGCUUCAACGCGGUGGACGAACUGUUUACUUUGGUGAUAUUGGAAAGGACGCUUGUGUACUUCUUGAUUAUUUGAGAAAGCAUGGUGCUGAAUGCCCACAUGACGCAAACCCCGCUGAAUACAUGCUCGAUGCCAUAGGCGCUGGUCAAGCAGCAAGAGUUGGAGAUCGAGACUGGGCUGAAAUCUUUGCUGACUCCCCAGAGUUGGCCAACAUCAAGGACACUAUUUCUCAAUUGAAGUCCCAAAGACUUGCCGAGGUCGGUAACAAACCACAUGUGGAAGAAAAGGAAUUUGCUUCUCCAUUCAUGCACCAAUUCAAGACAGUCCAAAGGCGUACCAACCUCGCUUUCUGGCGAUCUCCCAACUACGGCUUCACCAGAUUCUUCGUCCACAUUAUCGUCGCUCUCAUCACCGGUCUGACAUAUCUGCAUCUCGAUUCUUCGAAAAACUCUCUUCAAUACCGUAUUUUCGUCAUCUUCCAAACUACCGUCCUUCCAGCCUUGAUCCUUGCCCAGGUUGAACCACAAUAUGCCCUCUCCCGCAUGAUAUUCUAUCGUGAAGCAUCUGCGAAAAUGUACGGGCAAUUUGCAUUCGCUUCCUCCUUGGUCGUUGCAGAGAUGCCGUACUCUAUUUUGUGCGCCGUUGGUUUCUUUCUGCCUAUUUACUACAUGCCAGGAUUCAGCUCGGAAUCCUCCAGAGCAGGUUACCAAUUCUUCAUGGUUCUCCUCACGGAAAUUUUCUCCGUUACCCUUGGACAGAUGGUUGCUGCCAUGACCCCCUCGCCAUUCAUCUCUUCCCUCGUGAACCCCUUCAUCAUCGUCACAUUCGCCCUCUUCUGUGGUGUCACCAUCCCCAAACCUGCAAUGCCCAAGUUCUGGCGUUCCUGGCUCUACGAUCUCGACCCUUUCACUCGUCUCGUCGGUGGUAUGGUCGUUACUGAGCUCCAUGAUUUGCCCGUUGUCUGCACCAGCGAAGAGCUCAACAGGUUCACUGCGCCAAUUGGACAGCAAUGUGGUGAAUACAUGGCGGACUUCUUCGCUAACGGUGGUCCUGGGUACCUUGUCAACAACGCCACGAGCGCGUGUGAGUACUGCUCGUACAAAGUUGGUGAUGAGUUCUAUAACACCCUGUUGCUUUCUUUCGACAACCGAUGGAGAGACUUGGGUAUCUUUGCGGCAUUUAUUGGUAGCAAUCUGAUUUUCUUGUUUUUGGCUGUAAGUACCCCCUUUGUUCUUCCUCACGACCUUCUCGAACAUGUACUAAUUUUUCCCAUAGUCGAGAUUCCUCAACUUCAACCGCAGAUAAGCGGUCUUCUGUCUUGCCUUGUGUCACUAGUACACAGGAUGUCUAUUUCUUACUUGCUUGUUAAUGCAGCGAUACUUAGACCGGGUGGUAGCUUAGAGGUCGGACGAUCUUAUGGGAUAAUUACUGUUACAGACUUUCAUAUUUAUGGGUAGAAUGAAUUUUUAAUGGAAAAGUCGAGAUGUAUGUUUUGUGGGGGUGGGGGACUUCGGACUUAGAAUGUAUCUUCAGUAGAUCUGGCAUAUCUGUAUAUAUAGCAUAUUACAGAUAUUCAUGUAGCCA